AUGGCGCGGAGUGGACGCGAAUGGCGCGGAGUGGACGCGGAAUGGCGCGGAGUGGACGCGGAAUGGCGCGGAGUGGACGCAGAGUGGCGCGGAGUGGACGCGGAAUGGCGCGAAGUGGCGCGGAGUGGCGCGGAGUGGACGCGGAAUGGCGCGGAGUGGACGCGGAAUGGCGCGGAGUGGACGCGGAAUGGCGCGGAAUGGACGCGGAGUGGACGCGGAGUGGACGCGGAGUGGCGCGGAGUGGACGCGGAAUGGCGCGGAGUGGACGCGGAAUGGCGCGGAGUGGACGCGGAAUGGCGCGGAGUGGACGCGGAAUGGCGCGGAGUGGACGCGGAAUGGCGCGGAGUGGACGCGGAAUGGCGCGGAGUGGACGCGGAAUGGCGCGGAGUGGACGCGGAAUGGCGCGGAGUGGGCACGGAAUGGACGGGAGUUGCUGGCUCGCCUGAAGUGAAGGCGGGGUACAUGAGUGGGAGAGUGGUGGACGGAGCAUGGCGGACGGGAGUGGCAGCAAGUGGACGGGGAAUCGACACGGCUGCCGUUGCUGGCUUGCACGAGAGACCACUGUCCUGCGAGGAGGAAGGGGAGAAAGGGGAGCAACCUGGAGCAGCACGCCUCAAGUGA